AUGAAGAACGGUGAAUCAAAGGAACAGAGUUUAAAUUCAGAAAAUUCCCCACCUCAUGUAUACAAAUAUGAUCUAUUGAAGAUUGGCCCAGUCAAAGAAGAAGUUAAGAAACUUGGAAAUAUAGAAUUUCUUGCAACAGUUGACUUUUUGUAUUAUUUAUUGCAGUAUGGUACAGAUAAAGCAAAAAUAUUUCAUAUGAUGGAGGAUCCUGGAAAUAUUUUAAAUGUUGUUAAACAAAUUGAAUUGAUGGAAGGAUGCAAUUUUAAGGAUACCACAUCCAGGAAUAAGUGUGUUAGUAGAAUAAAACGGCGUCUUAAUUUAAUCGUAAUUAAAGGUAUUUUAACGGAAGAAUAUUGCGAACAAGCUAUAAAAUAUUUUUGGAUUGAACAAAAAGUAGAUGAGGAAAUGUCCCUUAAGAUAGAUAACCAAAAAAGUCAGAAGGAGAAAGAAGACAUUUGUUAUAAUGAAACCGAAAUAAAAAGACUUAUAAGUGUUUUAGAAAAAGAUAAAAAUAUAAAAUUUUCUGAAGAAAUGAUUGAAAAUACCAUAAUUACAAUUGAAGAUUUCCUUCUUGAUGUUUUAAGAAUAACCAUAAAUGAAGAACCCAUGAAAAUACCCGAAAAUCCUGAAGAUCAACCACGUAGACCAUAUGAAUCCCUUAAAGAAAACUCGAUUACUGAUAGGAAAAACUGA